CAAUUUUCUACUUUUGGUGGGAAACAAAUAUUUUAUUGCGCGUAUUUCAAGGCGUCGAAUGUUUAAAAUUAAUGUUUGUAAAAUAAUUAAUCUAAUAAACAUAUAAAAAAUAUAAAGUAUUUGCACAGUGUUCAUUACUAAGUAUAAAUGUGUUUAUAAUGAGUAAUGCUAAUAUAUUAGCAGAGCUUAAACCGUGUGGAUAUAUUUUGGCCACCAGACAGUACAAGUACUUUGCAUUAAAAUGUAUUCAUUGUGAUAAAAAAUAUGGGCAUUGGGAUGCGUUUUUGCAACAUUUAAAACAACAACAUAAUGAUAUCGAAGAUGAGGCACACUGGCUUUACGAAUGCACAGAAGAAACGCUGUCACCAGCACGAGAACAUAGUGAGGAAAACUCUUUAGAAUAUCUGGCCGAAACCCUAGUAGCCAAAGAAAAGGAAGAACCCAAUAGCGUUUUUAUAUUGGAUGAUAAAAGUGAUGCUAUUGACGUUGAAGAUAAUUUGCUAAAUAAAAAUGAAAUAGAGGCAAAUGUCUUCGCAGAGGAUACAGAAGAUGUUGUGCUCUCCAAUAGAGAAAGCAGCCCAACUCCAACAUGUUGCUCUUCAAAUGACACGCUAGAAGAUCCACACGAUCAAUUGAGUAAUAACAGUGUUACAGUCGAGGAACUCAAAAUUUUAAAGAUUUCAAUUAAUUUAAAAAUUGACUCUGAAGUCACGGCACUGCUCAUCACAAUAUAUAGAAAUUUUCCAACAUUAUGGCUUUUGGAUAAAAACUCAACCAAUACCAAUAAAGUAAAAUUUCGGGAAAUGUUGAAAUCACUUACAGCGCACAAUAUACAUAUAUCUAUGGAUGACUUAGAGGAAUCGCUCACACAAUUGCAUCUGCAAUAUUGUGAUAUAUCGAGCAGGUUAGAAGAAGGCAUAGAAAUCUCAGAUAUUGAAGAGAAAUAUUACGAAAUGUGUUCAUUUCUGAAACCGUAUAAUAAACCACAUUUCGUGGUAAAUGCAGAAGAAAGUGAUGAGUCUGAAAGCGUGCAUGAAGAAAAUGAUAAGUUUAUAGAUGAUAAUGAUUUCAACGAAGGCUCACCAAGUGGAUAUGGCACUUCAGAUGGCGAGGCAUUUCAAAGUAAAUUGAUUGAAACACAAACACUUGUCCGCUUUUCGACGCGUAAUAAAAUUACCUCAGAUUUUAUACAAUGCCUCCAUGAACAGCACUGCCUAUGGAACUCACAAGAUCCAGCCUAUAAUGAUCCAAAAGAGCGUUUACAAGCAAUUAAUAAGUUGAAAGAUUAUUUUUACGCUAACUACAGCAUACCGCUUACGGAGGCAAAAAUUACAACGGAAAUAAGACGUUUGUACAGCUUUUAUAAGAGAUGUGUGGUUACGCGUAACACCUUGAAUGUCAAUCGUAAAUAUUACUUUGAGCGUUGCGCAUUUCUCGCAGAUUCAGAAUUGGAUGAAAUGCUCGCAAAACGUAGUUACACGCAUCGUAAAAUCUCAUUUACAACAAUCGAUGAUUUUACGCUUGGCUUCAUUGACUUUUGCGCCAUGCAUCCGGUGCUGUGGAACAAAAACGAUCCCAACUACUCCGUUUUGAAUGUACGUCGCCAGGCGUACGACGAAAUUGCAAAGAAUUUACAACAAAUAUACAAUGUUGAAUUGAAUAAUGAAGAGAUAUAUUACGCGAUUUCACGCCUCAAGCAUCACUACUAUAUGUUGCAACGUAAGCAGCUACUAAACGGUACCCUAAACAAUCUGGAGCAGGAGUUCUUGGAGCGCUGUAACUUCUUACCAACAUCAAAUAACAAUUUGCAAUGUUUAAUUUGUGAACGCAUAUUGCGCAGUUAUACCACCUUACAAACACAUCUCUUGAAAGAGCAUAAUAUUGGUGAACUGCCACAUAAAUGUGAAUAUUGUGAACAACGUUUUGAACGCCGAGCUUUGAAAGUGGAGCAUGAAGUGCGUGCGCAUACCAAAAAAUACGAAUGGUUUUGCUCAUUUUGUGCCAAAGGCUUUGCGACGCGUCGAGACAUGGAAAUGCACAAAUUGGUGCAUACCGGUGAGCAUCGUAGUGUUUGUGAACAUUGCGGCAAGGGUUUUCGCCUUAAACAUCAAAUGACCGAGCAUGUGAAGAUCAUGCACGAACGUUUGAAACGCUUCAAGUGCACCAUGUGCCCGAAGGACUUCUUUCGUAAACGUCAACUGGACGAUCAUAUACGUUCACAUUUGAAUAUACGUGAUAAAAUUUGUGAUAUUUGCGGCAAAGGUUUCACCAAUAUACAUGGACUUUUACGCCACAAGCAAUUGCAUUCGGAUGUAAAGAAAUAUGAGUGUAAUAUGUGCGGCAAGCGUUUUCAUCGUAUAUCGGGUUUGAGUUCACAUAGAAAACUAAAGCAUCAUACUACUAAACAACAACAAGAGCAUUUUUCGAAUAUUAUAAUAAGCGACGAAGAAGAGGAUGAUGACGGCGAUGCUAACGUAAAUGAUUUUAUGAAAUUUUCAAUUUUAGAAAGUUCACUUUGAUACGCUUAAAAUAUGUCCACAAUAUUCUAUAUGUACCAAAUGUAAACAAACUGACGUUGAUUUACAUUACGUUUACAUAUAGAGCUAAUACCGACGACGCUAUAAGCUUUACUGACGUGAGCUGGAAACAACCCUUGCAUACAUUGGUUUGUAGACCGGACUUUUAGUGCGUUAUGUCAACACCAUUCCUCUACGUCGACACUUACAUAACUAUUUUUACCUGCGAUUUUGAAACUAGUUUAUAUAUCUAUAUAUAUAUUUAUAAGCAAAUAUCAUACAUACCAAACAACUGUACGGUUGACGGAACAUCCAUUUGAAAUUAGUUUAUAUUUAAUUUGAAUAUAGUCAAUUAUUAAACCGAUAAUAAUAUGUUAUAUAUGUAUAUUUCAACGUAGUAUUAGUAGUAAAUUGCUAUUAUUAUGAUUUUUUACAUUUUACAAUUGAAAUAUUUCUGGAAACACUUUUAUACCAUUUGAAAUUAUUUUUCGCAUUUCUGAUUACUAUUACUGUUCUCCAAUUGCGAAGUUGAUAUGAUUUUCAUGAAUAAACAAUGAACUUUUAUUAUAAUCCAAGCAUUGGUUCGAUCGCUUUGACAUAACCUAACCUAUUUUUUCAUUUUAUUACCGCGACUGCUCUAUACUUGAGACGUCUCGUUCCUCUUUAUUUGAGACGUUUGUGCUCGUUAGGAGUAAGUUAACACAAUACUAUAUUUGGGUGCAGUAAAAUUCUCUCACUCUUUAAUGGAAUAUAUUUUGGGCGAAAAGUAAGCUUUGAUAUUGAUCUCCAAGGUGAUUUGCUGAUCAAAUUCUAAUGUUUUAUUUAAGACACGAUUCCUAAGCAAUUAGAUCGUUCAACUUAAUAUCUGUGCAUGUUGUUGUUGUUGUAGGGUCGCAUAAUAUUUUCCAAAACCUUUUGGAGAGUUCUGCCGAGGUUAUGGUUAUGAUAUGAUCCAGUUCUGAAUUUUCCAGUUAGGUAGACAUCUUCCAAACGACAGUCGGCCGAAGAUUUUCAACUGGGCUGUGACUACUUUGAGAAUGUUUUAGAUCACUUCUGCAACAUUAACUCUUCUGUCUUGAAGAAUUGUUACAUGAUAUUUUUUAAGUAGUACCCUCUAGAAGCGAUUAAAGCCAUUGCGGUUACGUAACCGUAACAUACUCGGAAUUGUUAUCCGGUCAAUGACUAUCACCUCAAUAAGAUUUUUCCAAAUUAUUUGCUGUCACUAAAAUAAUAACAACAACAAUUAACGAAUGCAAUUUAUUGACAAUUUUUUUUGAAAAUACUACGUCUAUCAUCGUUUAGACAGUCUCAGACCCGAAAGGUUUUGAAAUUAAUUAAAAUUCGGUUGAUAAUAUAGUAUGUUCAUAAAUUGAAUUUAAAUUUUUUGAGAUUUUUUCCGGAACAAUUCUGGAUAUCAUGAUUUAACGUUUUUUAUUGUAAAAUCACAUUUUUCUAAAGUUCAACAGCUAAUUUCUCUUAUUGGAGUAAACCAGUCGUCUAUACCAGAAUUAUAAGUAAAUUCUGAUUUCCAUAUUCCUCGAAAUUGUCUAACCAAGCUAAAAGUCAUACCGCCUAAAGGUAGGCUAUGGUUAUGGAUCAUCAAUUUUAAUUUUUCUUUCAGUAAUUCUCUGAAGUGUUCCAUCUAUCUGAAUUUAUUCUGCAUUUUUAAAGAAAACUAAAACAUUUUGGAUUUUAAUAGUUUUUAUUUAAUAAAUUUCACCUUAAACUCUUGUACAUACAACACUGCAAAAAAAUUUCCGCCGCUUAUGACAAUAAAUUAUGCGAGCUAAUCGAUAACUUUGAAUAAUAUUUAAUUUGAAAUAGUACAAAUUGUUGUUGCUUUGUACUAUCAUACAAAGCGGUUGAAUAAUAGAAGUAACAGUAUUUUUUUAUAAUAAAUUAAUAUGAAACAGCUACAAGGAUUUGGAUUUUUAUUAAAUUUUUUUAUUUAUUUAUUUUUAUUAUAUUUUUUUUAUUUUUUAAUAUGUAUUUGUUCAUUGUGUAGUAUGAUGCACUGAGAAUAAAUUUUAAUUAAUUACAAACUAAAAUUAUAAAUCCGUAUAUGUAUGUAUGUAUAUAAAUAUAUAGUUUUAUAUAUGUAUAUAUAAUUAAUUAUUUACAAAAACAUAAUGAUUAUCAAGUAAUUAUAUAAUUAAAAUUAUUGAAAGUAUAACUAAAUAAUAUAAUUACCAAUUCAAAAUACUAAUACAUUAUGGUUGAGGGAGAGAGGGGAGAAGAGAUAAUUACAGUUUUUACAUGUUUGUAUAUGUAUGAAAUAAAUAAUAAUAAAAAAGAAGAAAUUAAAAAAAAUAAAAUAAUAAUGCAUUAAUUUUAUAAUCACAAUAAAUGAAGUCAUAUACUUGGUACAUAAUAUUAAGAAAUAUAUAUGUAUGUCUGUAUGUAUGUAUAAUAUUUGUUGCGCUUAAAGCAAUAAGGAAAUCAACACUAAUGAAAGCGUUUUAUUGCAACUAACUUAGUAACUAAAAGCUCUUACACUGCGCUUCUACAUUUGUGUGUGGCUGUGUAUGUAUGUGUGUGUGGUGUCGAUUCUUUUCCGGUUAAAUUCCUGGUUUAAAAAGUAAAAACUACACUUUUUUCCAAUAAACGCGACAACAAGCCAACAAAUAUGCAUAAUUUUGUGUACAUUCCUAAUAAUGUGUGACUUUGUGUUUGCACAUAACU